AGGAGUCUGCUGGGAGAGGAGAAGAGACUGCAUGUCUGGGUUCUCUCAGCAUGGGUAUGAUCUGCAGCAUCUGUCUGACCAAAUUACUACAGGCACAGGACUUCUUGGGCGCUGCUGUGGAACAGGAGAAAUCAGCCCAACAGGAAAGGUGGUGUUACACAUCAUGCCUUUGGUAUUUGGCGCUCUGGGCAAAGACCUGCAAGACCAGGAGAAGAAAAUCACCUGCACAAUUUUGCUACCACAUACCUUUGUCUGGAACCACUCCCAAUGGCUACAGAAGCAGCUGCACAGAAAAGGCAUCACUGCUUUUAAGUGGGGAGAAGGGAAGAAUACAGAUUCGACUUAACACUGAGACCUGGUCUAUGGUCCACCCCUCAGAUUUCUCUAAGGAGAAACUGUAGAAAGCUUCUUCUACCAGUGAUAUUGAGUGCGGGAGUCAUGUUACAGAAUCAUAGAAUGGCCUGGAUUGAAAAGGACCACAAUGAUCAUCAAGUUUCAACCCCUCUGCCACGUGCAGGGUCACCAACCACUAUACCAGGCUGCCAAGAGAAGUGCCAACUGAAAAAAUAAGGAAAUGGCCAAAAUGGAGGUCAAGACGUCACUUUUAGAUUACAUGAUAGGGGUGGGAGAUAUGGUUCUUUUAGAGCCGCUUAAUGAAGAUUCAUUCAUCAAUAAUCUGAAAAAGCGCUUUGAUCACAAUGAAGUAUAUACAUACAUUGGCAGCGUGGUGAUAUCAAUAAACCCUUACAGACCUCUCCCCAUUUAUACUCCAGAGAAAGUUGAAGAAUACAGAAACCGGAACUUCUAUGAACUCAGCCCUCACAUCUUUGCUCUGUCAGACGAAGCGUAUCGAUCUUUAAGAGACCAGGACAAAGACCAGUGUAUUCUUAUUACAGGAGAGAGUGGAGCUGGAAAAACAGAGGCAAGCAAGUUUGUCAUGUCAUACGUAGCUGCUGUAUGUGGCAAGGGGGCAGAGGUUAACCAAGUGAAAGAACAACUUCUGCAGUCAAAUCCUGUUCUUGAAGCUUUUGGAAAUGCCAAAACUGUGAGGAAUGACAACUCCUCUAGAUUUGGAAAAUACAUGGAUAUUGAGUUUGAUUUCAAGGGUGAUCCACUCGGAGGAGUUAUAAGCAACUAUCUGCUGGAGAAGUCUCGUGUUGUUAAGCAGCCAAGAGGUGAAAGAAACUUUCAUAUUUUCUAUCAGAUCCUGUCUGGUGCAUCGGAAGACUUCCUCUGCAAACUCAAGCUGGAGCGGGACUUCAGCAGAUACAACUACCUGGGCCUGGACUCUGCCAAAGUGAAUGGAGUGGAUGAUGCUGCCAACUUCAGAACAGUUCGGAACGCCAUGCAGAUUGUUGGUUUCAUGGAUCAUGAAACACAAUCUGUUUUUGAAGUGGUGGCAGCAGUUCUAAAAUUGGGAAACAUUGAGUUUAAGCCUGAAUCUCGUGUCAACGGCUUAGAUGAAAGUAAAAUCAAAGAUAAAAAUGAACUGAAGGAAAUCUGCGAGCUGACAGGAAUAGACCAGUCAGUGUUGGAGAGAGCUUUCAGCUUCCGGACAGUUGAAGCCAAGCAAGAAAAAGUUUCAACAACACUCAAUGUGGCUCAGGCUUAUUAUGCUCGCGAUGCUCUGGCUAAGAAUUUAUACAGUCGCCUCUUUUCUUGGCUUGUUACCAGAAUCAACGAGAGCAUUAAGGCACAAACAAAAGUGAGAAAGAAGGUGAUGGGAGUGCUGGACAUCUAUGGCUUUGAAAUUUUUGAGAAUGCAGACAACAGCUUUGAGCAAUUCAUUAUCAACUACUGUAAUGAGAAGCUGCAGCAGAUCUUCAUUGAACUCACCCUCAAAGAAGAGCAGGAGGAAUACAUUCGAGAGGGAAUUGAGUGGACACAUAUUGAGUAUUUCAACAAUGCUAUAAUUUGUGACCUAAUAGAAAAUAACCAAACUGGGAUCUUGGCCAUGCUUGACGAGGAGUGCCUGAGACCAGGAACUGUCACCGAUGACACCUUUUUAGAAAAGCUGAACCAAGUCUGUGCUACCCACCAGCAUUUUGAAAGCAGGAUGAGCAAGUGCUCCCGGUUCCUUAAUGACACCACCCUGCCUCACAGCUGCUUCAGGAUUCAGCAUUAUGCUGGCAAGGUUAUGUACCAGGUGGAAGGAUUUGUUGAUAAAAAUAAUGAUCUUCUGUACCGGGACCUCUCCCAGGCUAUGUGGAAGGCCAGUCACUCUCUUAUCAAAGCACUGUUCCCUGAAGGUAACCCUGCCAAGAUCAAUCUCAAGAGACCACCGACAGCAGGAUCACAGUUCAAGGCUUCAGUUGCUACCUUGAUGAAAAAUCUCCAGACAAAAAAUCCAAACUACAUUAGGUGCAUCAAACCCAAUGACAAAAAGGCUGCACACAUUUUCAAUGAUGCCCUGGUGUGCCACCAGAUCCGCUACCUCGGUCUUCUGGAGAAUGUCCGGGUUAGAAGGGCAGGGUAUGCAUUCAGGCAGGCAUACGAGCCAUGCCUGGAAAGAUACAAAAUGCUGUGCAAGCAGACGUGGCCCCACUGGAGAGGGCCAGCCAGGGCUGGUGUAGAGGUACUGUUUAACGAAUUGGAAAUCCCUGAAGAAGAAUUUUCAUUUGGCAGAUCAAAGAUAUUCAUCCGCAACCCAAGAACGCUCUUCAAACUAGAAGAUCUGAGAAAGCAGCGGUUGGAGGACUUGGCUACUCUCAUUGAGAAGAUUUACAGAGGUUGGAAGUGCCGCACACACUUCUUGUUAAUGAAAAAAAGCCAGAUUGUGAUUGCUGCCUGGUUCAGGAGAUACGCACAACAAAAGAAGUAUCAGAAGAUAAGGAGUUCAGCUGUUAUAAUACAGUCAUACAUCAGAGGGUGGAAGGCUCGGAAACUUCUUCGGGAGCUUAAGCACCAGAAGCGUUGUAAUGAGGCUGCCACAAUAAUUGCUGCUUACUGGCACGGUACCCAGGCACGAAGGGAACUGAGACGACUGAAGGAGGAGGCUAGAAAUAAACAGGCUAUUGCUGUUAUUUGGGCUUACUGGCUUGGAUAUAAGGCUCGAAGGGAAUUGAAACGCUUGAAGGAGGAGGCUAGGCGUAAGCAUGCUGUUGCAGUCAUUUGGGCUUACUGGCUUGGACUGAAGGUCCGUAGAGAGUACAGGAAAUUCUUCAGAGCCAAUGCUGGAAGAAAAAUCUAUGAAUUUACCCUUCAGAGACUUAUGCAGAAAUACUUCUUGGAAAUGAAGAAUAAGAUGCCAUCUUUAUCACCAAUAGAUAAAAACUGGCCAGCGAGACCUUACCUUUUCUUGGAUUCAACUCACAAGGAACUGAAGAGGAUUUUCCAUUUGUGGAGGUGUAAAAAGUACAGAGACCAGUUCACAGAUCAGCAGAAGCUUAUAUAUGAAGAAAAACUGGAAGCAAGUGAGCUUUUCAAGGACAAGAAGGCUUUAUAUCCAGCCAGUGUUGGGCAGCCAUUCCAAGGGGCUUACUUGGAGAUCAGCAAGAACCCCAAGUACAAAAAACUGAAGGAUGCUGUGGAUGAGAAGAUCAUUAUUGCUGAAGUUGUGAAUAAGAUCAAUAGAGCUAAUGGGAAGGCUACAUCCAGGAUUUUCUUAUUAACCAAAAACAAUGUUCUCCUUGCGGAUCAAAAGUCAGGGAAUAUCAAGUCGGAGGUUCCACUGGGAGAUGUUACCAAAGUGUCCAUGAGUUCCCAAAAUGAUGGCUUCUUUGCAGUGCACCUCAAGGAGGGCUCAGGAGCAGCUAGCAAAGGGGAUUUCCUGUUCAGCAGCGAUCACCUUAUUGAAAUGGCCACUAAACUUUACCGCACUACUCUCAGCCAAACCAAGCAGAAGCUCAACAUUGAGAUUUCUGAUGAGUUUCUGGUCCAGUUCAGACAAGACAAAGUGUGUGUGAAGUUCAUACAAGGCAGCCAGAAAAAUGGCAACAUCCCAACUUGCAAACGAAAAAACAAUCGGCUUCUUGAAGUGGCUGUCCCCUAACUGCAGCUGGUGACUCCCUUCCAUGGACUUGUUUCUUUGUAAUAGUGCAAUUUUAGUCAUUUGGUUUUGCUGGUUUUAUCCCUUUCUGGAGCUGUUGAUGGCUAAUAGCUUUAGAAGCCCUUGGCAAACCACUGGAUCAGUUGACUUUUUAAUCUUAUCCAUCAUGCCAUAGUUUUAACCCUCAACAUGCAGAUCUUUACCCAGUGGGGCAUUUUUACCAGCUGGCAAGUUACCCGUCUUACCUGAAUCAUUCCCUUUGUUUAGUGGCCAUAUGUUAAUGCAGCAUACCGUAAACCUACAUAUUAAUGAUAAAUUACUCAUAUUCCUUAGUCUGGAGAUCCACUUAACAGAAGCCAUGCAUGACCUUGAGGCUUGGUGGCAACUCGUGCCCGGCGUCUUUUAUACCAACCCACUGUGGUGUUCUGAUGGGCUCCUCCUUUGCCACCACCACUGGAGAAAUGGGGGGAGCUGAGACCAGGCACCAACCCUUGUAGCUAACACUAGGACCUAUGUAGCUCAAUCCUUUAGUACAUACAGCAUGGGAACAUCUAAUUCUGCAAAACAAAAGGAACAUGUCAUUACCCAAGCAGCUACAUGUAUAAUUUUUUUUAGUAAAAAUGAAAAAAAUAAAAUAAAUAAAAAGCAGAAUUUUCCAAGCAGGAUUUUUAAUUGGAUCAGAUAUUUGUAAUGCCUUUAUACAGCAAAAAUAAGAAUAAAAUUUAAAAAGCUUAUUUCACUCACAAAAGACACACAGUUUGAAACAGUUUCUGUUUUGCUUUUUUCUUUAAAUUGCCAGUUAAGAUUAGAGCCUGAAAAACACUGUAGUAUUCAUGACACAGUACUGCUAGGUACUUAAACUGCUCGUUACCAAGUGAAGGCUUUGGGCCUUUCCUUUAAAUAUUGCCAUGUACAGUGUGCAAUAAAACACACAUGACAUUUUGUGAAAAAUUAUUUAUAAUACAUUUUUAUGUGCAAGAGAGGGUUGGUGCAGCCAGCAUAGACAGUAUAGGGGUUAAAGUAUAGAGUUGUGAUGUUAAUUUGCAGUUUUUAGAGUGUACACUACAGUUUGGGAAGAAUACUUAGAAUUACAAGUUCCUGAAUCCGAGGGUCUGUAUAUAAAUUGGUAUUACAGUAAUAAAACUGUUUUAAUUCUGUGCUGUUUGGUAUUCCUAUGUUGUAGCUGUAUUUUUGUACUCCAAGCAAUUUUAUAUAACUUGUGUGCCUGAUGUAAAUGUGUGCACAGAAAUACAAUCCAAGAGCUACGUUAUAAACUUUCAGUGUAACUAAUUGCACUUAAUCUUUAUAAGCCAGAAGCAUUAGCUGAAAUCCUUAAGAGGAGCUGUGUUUUUAAGGUAGAAGUAACUACUCACGUGAAAGGUUUGUUGAAUGUGACCGUUUGCUUUGUUGAUGCGAGGACAGUGGAGAAACCAUUGUAUUUUUGCAGUCUGAAAUAGAUGAAGACCCUGGGUACCUGAUGUGCAGUGCUGGAAGUCCAAGCAUAAAUAAAGGAAAGAAAAAGAAAA